UAAUGUUUACCUGAUUAGGAUAGUGUCGUCUGAAAGAUGUUUGUUUUGAUUUUGAACGUGUCUUAGGCUAGUUGAGUGAUAAGGAUGGAUUUGUAUUGUGUUUUAAGAUCUAAAAUUGAAAUAAGCUAUAAUUAAUUCUCAUAGUGUUCUUUCAUUAAAUAUUCUAAGAUGUCCGGAGAAGCCAUUGAUCCGUCCCCUAUUCAGUUAAAUGAUUUAUCGGAGUUUAAUGAUUCUUCAGGAUCAAUAUUAGAUCAGACACCAAGUUGUGAUAGUAAACUGUUAUUGAAAUUAAGAAAACCAAGCAAUAUUAGUAUUAAUUUUAGUGACAUUAAUUACACUGUUACUUCAUGGACUCUUAGUGAUCGAGGAUUUCCCAUAAAAAGAGAGCGAAAGACAAUCUUAAAGGCGAUAUCUGGAGACUUUCGAGCUUAUGAACUUACAGGAAUCAUUGGACCGUCAGGUUCUGGUAAAAGUUCUCUAUUGGACAUCUUGUCUGGAUAUUCACUAGAUUUUACGGGCCAAAUUGAACACAAUGGCUGCGCUAGAGAUCUGCGCCAAUCCCGCAAGCAAGUGGCAUACAUCAUGCAGGACUGCAACCUACAGCCGCUGCUAACUAUCACAGAAGCGAUGGUCACCUCGGCCCAUCUGAAAUUGGGCAAUGACUACACACUCGAGGAAAAACUUGCUAUUGUUGAGGAUAUCUUGAUAACGUUGCAUCUGUCUCACAAGUCAGACUCCCUCACGAGAACUCUGUCAGGCGGAGAGAAGAAGAGGCUAGCUAUUGCUUUGGAACUCGUCAACAACCCUCCGUUGAUGUUCUUUGAUGAACCCACGAGUGGGCUAGACUACUUCACUGCCAAGAAGUGUCUUCAGUAUCUAAAACAGCUGACAGCAAGUGGCUACAACAUCGUGUGUACGCUACAUCAGCCGUCAGCGUCCAUGUUUGACCUGUUAGACCACGUGUAUGUGAUAGCCGGGGGCUGCUGUGUCUACCAGGGUGGCACCAAGGGACUGACGGCAUUCCUUGAUGACCUCGGUCUCGCAUGUCCAGAGUAUCACAAUCUAGCUGACCACGUUCUGGAUGUGUCAGUGGGGGAGUAUGGCCCUUACAUGGACAAGUUAGUAGACAAAAUCAACAACGGUAAAAGUAAGGACUGGAGGAGGACAGCUUUGCAGACCAGUGGUCACAGCUUGGACUGCCAGCAAGAUAAAGGAGAGGUGAAGAUCAGUUCCUACUCAGGCUCUUGCUUCAGCCACUUUUCAGUUCUUGUGCUGAGAAUGCUCAAAAUAAUCUCUCGGGACAAGUUCUACACAAAUUUCCGCAUCAGUAUCCAUCUUGCUGUUGGAUCUCUGCUGGGUUUCUUCUACUUAGGCAUCGGAAAUGACGCUGCCUUUGUCUUUGACAACUUCCGGUUGUUAUUUUUCUCUCUGAUGUUCCUCAUGUAUACUGCCCUCUCAACCAUGAUCAUUUCUUUUCCUUUGGAAAUGCCGAUUAUAGUUCGAGAACACUUCAACCGUUGGUACUCCCCCAAAUCCUACUAUAUAGCAUUGACUGUGACUGAUAUACCAAUACAGGUGGUGUGUACGUCCAUAUACUGUAUCAUAGUGUAUGUGAUGUCUGAACAACCCCUGGAGAUGUUCAGGUUCAACAUGUUACUGCUCAUGUUCAUCACUGUCACCCUGUUCUCUCAAGCUGUCGGUGUGUUGGUUGGAGCCACGCUGUCAGUCAAGCUGGGUGUGAUCUUCGGACCGUUGGCAAUUUUGCCUUGGCUGAUAUUCUCAGGGUUUUUCCUGCUCUUGCCAGACGCUCCUCACUACUUGCAGUGGUUGUUUCACAUCAGUUACCUCAAGUAUGCUAUAGAGGGGCUCAUGCAAGCUAUAUACGGUUACGACAGGGACAAAAUUCCCUGUUCAGUAGACUAUUGCCAUUUCCGAGCUCCAGAGAAGUUUUUGAAGCAACUGUCCAUGCAUGAAGCCAACUACUGGGUCUGUCUUUCAGUUAUAGCAUCUCUCUACCUCAUAGUCAAAGUUGUAACUUACUACAUUCUGCGAUACCGUCUCACUCACUGCUACAGAUGAUACAAGCUUUACACCAACUCUGGUGAUAUUUGACCUUUCUCAGGUGUUAUGUAGUUACUGAAUCAUACAAGGUAUAUGCCAAACUGUGUUCCAAGUUUAUCCUUUAAAAUUGUCUUUGUCUAAGCAAUGUUUGAACAAAGCAGUUUGUUGUCAAACAUUUUAAUUGUUCACUAACUGCUAUUUGUUCAUAAUAGGCUCCAAAAUACUGCAAAGUUUGUGUCUCCUGUUAUACAACCGAAAAUCUAACGAUGGGUUGUGAAGUGAUUCUAUGAUAAUAGAGAGUUUUUGCAACAUACUUAAACUAAAUACGCUAAGUGUUAAACGUUAUUUUUUAGUGAAUAGCGUUUACCGAGCUCAAUAAUGUAUAGCAGGCCCGAUAUUUAACGGGAUUUAAGGUAGUGUUUUAUCGUACCGUUAAAAACCAGCUGUUAAGUGUAAAUAAUUAAACAUAACCUAAGUUGGACGUUUAUGCUCAGUUUAUUUUUAAAGCGUUAUUCAAUUUUUGCUUAGAUUUUCUUCAAUAUAGAAAACCAGUUUGAGAUUCACCCUAAAUGAUGAAAUAUCGUUAUUAAAAGAAGUUGUAUGUAAAAACCCAUAGAACCUUGAUCAGUUAUAGCUCCUGAACCUGAUAAAGUUAACUACAACUUAUUACUAUAAUAUAACUACAACAAAUUAGUCCUCCAUAGCUACAAAAUCAAUUCGCAACCAUAUUAAACAAUCCUAACAUCUAAGCAUUGGAAAAUACAACACAUCAGCUCUAUUUUGAUAGCGUUAAACUUAAACGUGAUUUUUACAGGGAUGCAAAAACUCGCUAAUGAUUUAUAAGGUUUGACUCUAAACUUUGCCAUAGCCUAAAACUGUAUAGUGUAACUGUGAUUGUGAUACAACCAUUGACUAUUUAUUGAAUACUGAAGUAGAUAUCCUGAUCCUAUCUAAAUGAACCAGCUGUUGCCAAUUUUUAUUCAAAAAAGGGAUAUAGUUGAAUGAGCAACUACUUUAUUGAGAUAGUUAAAUGACAUAAAAUAUGCCACAGAGCUUAUAUUAAAUUGUCUUAUCACUUGACUUGGUUAAAAACUCUGCAUAUCCUACAGUUAUCAGUAAUUAUUUAUAUCAGCACAAUCUGUCAGUGACUCAAUUAAUCUAAGACCAUUUUGAUUUGUUUAAACUGGGGGCAACUUAGACAUGGAAAUGGAAUGUAUAUUUCUAUAUAAUUUAGGCUACUUAAUUUUAUCGGCUAAGACACAGAACUUUGUAGACAAUUAGGCCUCUUGGUAUCUUUUGACAUCAUAGAGUUGCCCUCACAAGUGCUAUAUUGUCCGGUAUUUCAAAGUCUGCCUGGUUUUUUUAGUAUAGAUCCUGUAAAAUUUUAUAGUCAGUUUUUUCUAUCCAAAAACUGAAUUUUAUCAACCAAAAUAUAACUUGUUGAGUACGGUACCUUUCAAAACUACUUCUCUAAAAACUGUCAUGACAAAGUAUAUAGGUGUAUGAAGUUUUACAAGAACAAUCAAAUAAUUAAAACCACCAUACAAUAUAUCUACAGACCACUACUAAUCCAUUAUGAUUUACAGAUCUUCUUUCUGAUCCAUUUUUAUUUUUAAGUUUUUUGAGGCAGUAUCUACUGCUGCUUGUGUUCUCUUUUGUUCUUCACAAAAGUAACUUCAUCCCUCAAUGUGGCUGUUACUGUGAAAAGAAUUUACUUGUUUUUGUUGUAAAACAUUGUUUCCUAUUACCAAGAUACCAAAUGUUAUAAUUUGUAAUUGUAUGCUAAUGAUGUACCUACUAUAUUGUUAUAUCAUAGCAAUUGCAAUAAUUCUAAACUAUUGAGCGCACUAGUAAUGCACCAUCAGGUAGCUAAAUCAUUUAUUAUGAAUGUGAAUUUUAUGAGACUGACUUUUUUCAGUGACUAACCUUAUCUAUCAGUCAUCCACGAUUGUUAGGUUAUCUUUGAAUACUGUACAUUUGCAUGUAUGGUUGAUAAUUUUAGAGAUUUUGUCUUGGAUCAGCCAGUUAUACCAAUUUUUAUAUUAGGUAAAACUCAUUUGUCUAGUUUCCAAAGGGUGAGCAAAUUUUUAUAAGACUUGAAUACGAAUAUAUUUUAGAAAAUUUACCUAUGUAGAAGUAGCUAACUGUAGCCUUUUAUAGAUAAACAUUGUUAAUCUAGUUACCAAAGGCUCUGUACAAGAAACGUGCAAGACUGCAACAUAAAUUGUUAACAAAUUUCCUUAUGAGGAAGAAGCUAUUACCCAAACCGUGAUUCACUGUAAAAGUAAGACUUAAACCCUCAAAUACAGUAAACGGUGUUUAAAAAUGAAUAACAGAAUUUCAACACUUUAUCACUAAAAGAUUGAAUGAAAAAUCAACACAAACAAUUUUGCCUAAAGGCUUUUAAGUGUUCUAUUUGUUAGUAUAUUGUCUCAUAGGGUCUAAAUUUAAGACAAUAAGCAAAUAAUUAUGUACUGAGUAUUGUUUAUUGAGUUACUCUUGAAUAAUUAUUUCAGAGAUACACUACAGAAUCUGCAGUGUCUACAUCAAUUAUUUUUCAGCUAGUGUGGCAGCAUGUCUAUUUGAUUCUUUAUAAACUCCAAGUAUACCAGGGUUGUCCAUAAAUUAAAGUCUCCAUUGCGAUACAGUCUUCGCCAAGCAAGAUAGAACAAAUCUUAUCUAGCUUCAGUAGCCUGUAUUCGUUGCUUCAUCCACUAUCAUUCUAGAUUCAUCCCACCGUUAUGUGGUGAGUCUAUGCUAGCAAAAAACCAAUGUGAGGGAAAAUCAACUCUCCCAAAAAGUAUUAUACACGUUCUGUGAUUUUAUUAAUGUGGUUUGAAGUGUUUCUUGUUAUUGAAUCUAAGGGUUUGGACAACAAAUCUCUUGAGAUUCAAAUGAAAUGGUAAAUUUUUGUUAGUGCAUCUUUUAGGGGCAACACAGCUAGAGAGUGAGUGCCCUUUAGUCAGGAUUUGACCCCCUAAAAACAAGACUGCCUUUUUGGGAAUUUAAAUGGUAAUUUUUCUUUUUGGCACCUUUAUUAUGGUUAAACGAGACCACCUACACCGAUAUAGGGUGUAACCCUUUCCAAAUUCCUUGUGGUCCCAAUUAAAAAUUGGCCCCCCAUAGAAGAAGUGACUGACAACUGCCCUUUGCCUUGCCAGGAAUCGAAAGAAACUCCUUAUCUCUUUUUGUAGACGCUUGAUUUUUAAGGAAGACAACCCACAGCGCCAUCCUUUCAAAACUGUUGUGCUGAUCUUUCCUUAGUAACAUUUUAUUCAUACUG